GACACAGACAGACAAACCUCCCAAGCUUAUUCCUUUGCUUGCCGUCCCCCGCUAAAAAACCCCCAAUUUUUCCCAUUCCUCUCCAGCCGAUUCCUCUCCCCCCUCGCCGUCGCCGUCGCAAACCCUAGCUUGCGUCGCAAUGCCGGCCACCGACUCCACCUCGUCGCCGGCGACGCACACCUCCUUCGGCCGCUCGCUCCUCUCGCUCCGCCACCGCGACCACCAGAUCCACCACGCCCCGCCCACGCCCGACCACAACACCACGCACGCCUCCUCCUCCGCCGCCGCCGAGAUCGACGCCUUCCAGCACCACGCCGCUGAUCUCCUCCUCGACCUCCUCCCGUCGGGGUCCUCGGCCGGCCCCGUGCCGGAGAUCCUCUCGCUCGCCUGGACCCGCCACCUGCUCGACUCCUUCCUCGUCUGCCUCGAGGAGUUCCGCUCCCUCCUCUUCGCCAGUCCCUCCCUCGCCCGGCCCCCGCUCGACCGCCUCCUCUCCGACUUCUUCGACCGCGCCGUCAAGGCGCUCGACCUCUGCAACGCGCUCCGCGACGGCCUCGACCUGCUCCGCCAGUGGCGCAAGCACCUCGCCAUCGCCGCCGCCGCGCUCUCCCCGCACGCCGACGACCCCUCCGCCCCGCUCGGCCAGGCCCAGAUCCGCCGCGCCCGCAAGGCGCUCACCGACCUCACCAUCCUCAUGCUCGACGACAAGGACACAAGCGUCGGCGCCGGUCACCGGAACCGUUCCUUCGGCCUCGGAAGCAGCACCGCCAGGGGCGGCGGCGGCGACGCGCAGGCCCGCGGCCACCACCGCCGGAGCAGCAGCGGCGGGAGCUCCGGCGGCUCCGGGUCCGGGUCCCACUUCAGGUCGCUGUCGUGGAGCGUGUCCCGGUCCUGGUCCGCCUCGCGCCAGCUGCAGGCCAUCGGGGGGAACCUGCCGGUGCCUCGCGCGCACGACGUCGCCGCCACGGGCGGCCUCGCCUCCGCGGUCUACACCAUGGGCUCCGUGCUCUUCGUCGUCGCCUGGGCGCUCGUGGCCGCGAUCCCGUGCCAGGACCGCGGCCUCCAGGCCCACUUCGCCGCGCCCAGGAGCUUCCCCUGGGCCGGCCCCGUCACGGCGCUGUACGAGCGCGUGCUCGAGGAGUCCAAGAAGAAGGACCGCAAGCACUCAUGCGGGCUGCUCAAGGAGAUCCACCAGGUCGAGCGGUGCUCGCGGCAGCUCAUGGAGAUCACCGAUGCCGCGCAGUUCCCCUUGGACGAGGAGAAGGAUGCCGAGGUUCGGGAGGCCGCGCUGGAGCUGGUGCAGGUCUGCGAGACCCUCAAGGAUGGGCUGGACCCGCUUGAGCGGCAGGUGCGCGAGAUGUUCCACCGGAUUGUGCGCACCAGGACAGAGAUCCUCGACUCCUUGAGUAGGCCGCACACCACCGAGUGAAGAAGAUGUAGGCAAAGCAGCAUGGUUGAUGCCUGCUUGAUUGAACAUUCUGUGAAAUACUGAAAUGCAGGUGCUCCACCGGUUGAAAUGAGGUAGCUUUCCUCUGCAUAUGUUAGCAACUACAUAUACAUGUGUCUGCAUAAAGGCGUGGCCUCCUGAUAAAUUGAGUUAAUUAGUUUUAUUUGUUUAUUUGUAGCUUGUGAAUUCUUACCUGGGCAGUUCUUCAUACUAGUGGUCUAACAUCAUUGUUUUAUUCUUCAUAUCUGGUCUGGUUUGGUAAUGUUAAGUACUCUGGUGCUUGGUUUGUGUUCAUGAUUAGUCUGUGCAACAGGUUUCUGGUGCGAUAUUUGUGAUUGUGAGCAAUUUGUAUGAUCCAGGUCCA